UGAAAAUAAGGACGAAGUAUAAUUUUGACAUAAUUAAGUCAUCUGUCAGUCGGUAAGCUGACUCAGCAUAAGUUUUGUACAGAAGUGUUGUUAUUCUGCAAGUAAAGGAAGGUCAAGAUGUCGAAACUGAAGGAUUACUACGGGAUUCUGGGAUUACAGAAAACUGCCUCAGAAGAUGACAUAAAACGGGCAUACCGCAAACUGGCUCUAAAAUGGCACCCUGACAAAAACAAAUCCCCUUUGGCAGAGGAGAAAUUCAAGGAAUUGAGCGAAGCCUAUACUGUUCUGAGCGAUCCUGUUAAACGGAAAAAAUACAAUAUGAUGAACGGUGCAGAAAAUUUGUUCAGGGGUGGAAAUUUUGCCGAGGCGAACUCCUGGUCAGGCUUUAUGGGUAACUUCUCAGAUUUUUGUGGACAGUACUCUAAAAAUGAUGCCUUCAAGACUUUUUCUGAGUUUAUGUAUGAGGGAGGGCUUGGAACAACGUUUGCCGGAGAGGAUGGAGACUACAUUAUUGUAGACGUUCCCCUAGAUGUAGCCAAGUCAGGUGGAAAUGUUGUUGUCCACGGACCGAACGGUGAAAGCCAGGAUGUGUAUGUGAAUGGCAUUCUUGAUGGUGGUUGGUCGCCACUGGUGAAGGAGAAGAUUGGAUCACAGGAAGUUUGGCUGGUUUUUCGAAUAGAUUUCCCAGAAAGCACUUCUGAUGAGGACAAGGAGAAGAUUCAAACCCAGCUUCUGUUCAUGCAGACUGUAUCCACUGCAGUACCCUUGGUUCUGACUGUUAUAAGGAAUACACCCAAGAGUAUCCUUCUGGCUGGAGCUCUAGCUUUAGGAGCCUUCAUGCUAAACAAGCUGACAGAGAAAUAAGACCAAAGAAAACGGCCCAAUAUUGAAGUGAACUAUGAUAUCCACUACUUAUGUGCCUGGAUGCAGAUAAAUUGGACCCAGACUCUGUUCUCUUCUCACUUCAUACUUAUUUAAUAACUCAUUAUUGAGGUGUAGUGAUAAUUAUUUUGUAAUUGUGUGAUUGACUUCUAUUGGUUCACAUCGAUCAAUCAGUUAUUUGCAGGUAUCAGAAGAAAAAAAAACAUGAAUAAAAACUUUCCAGUGAGUCAUGUUGCGAUGAGUGACUGUGAUACAGUAUUACAAAAUAUGGGAUGGAAUACAUGAAGCAGCAGUAUAACAGUUGUGCAAAAUAAUACAGACAUUGCUGUUUGUGAUUGUUCUGGGGACUGCUUUUUAAGGAUUGAAUAAUUCAGAGGGUGAAAUUCUUCAUGUAAUCAUGUUUCUUUCCAGCCCUUGUGAAAACACUACAUAUUUUAAUUCACAAAAGGGACACAAAUAUGGCUGAGGAAUUGUGGGAGAUUUCCUGAACUGAUUACCUUUUAUACUAAAGAUUGUUUUCUGUUAAAUAGGGUAUAAAAAAGUAAGUGCUGUUUUGAUUGACAGCGAAAAAUUCAGAGAUGUGCACCAUGUACCUUCAUUUUGUGUUAUUUAAUAGCUGUUAAUAAUGUAAUGUGAUAGCAUUCCAAAAUAACCAAUUAGCUAAAGGGCUAAUACAUUACAACACAUGUUUUUGCUGGUCUUCAAAGCCUUAUAAAUGACCUAAUUAAAAGUAGGGCAGUUGUAGUUAAUGUUCUUGUGGCAUUAUGGAUUCUAUACCCAUGGAGAGGUCACCAUUUUGUUCUUACUUUAUUAUGUGUGAUAAUCAUCCAAACACUUGAAACAUCUGAAGACCUUCACCACUUUAGGAAUUAGUACAUCAGCUAAUAAUUCAGAAAAUGAAAGAAUGAAAAAUGUAAAAAUUGUUUUGGAACAGCUUGCAAGUU